AUGUCUCUUCCUUCGCAGCCCGCUAUCGACGCCAUCGCCUCGCUUGCUGAGGUUCUGGACGAGGUGGUGACCCACACCACGCCUGUACUCCGCCACUUUCUGGCGGUGCUCGGCAUCGACACGUCCGAGCUUGACUUUCGUGCACUUCUCAAGGAGGUGGAGCGCCUGAACAUCCCGGUCAUCGACACUCGGACGUGCAUCGCGCUCCGGCGCAUGCUCAACAGCUCGUUUCAUCAGAACGCGCAGUCCAAGGAGGUGGUUAUGGCCACCCUCCGCGGCUUUGUCGACUUUCUCGUCUCCAUCCAGCGCUUCGGCACGACAUUCUAA